UUUAUGUUUCAGUUUGUAAUAAUUUAAUAAACUAAGGGAUAUCAUCUAAACAUUGUGAUGGCUGAUGACGAAGAAUUACCCGCUUACGACGGGGAGGAAGAAGAAGGAGGAUAUUUUGAGCCGGAAGAUGAACACGUCGAAGAGGAAUCCAUACUCACUGAGUAUGACCAGGAUGAUUUCUUUUCCGGGGCGGUCAAUACACAUGACUCCACCAUACCAUUUGAUUUAUUCGAGUUUGAACAUUCAUACGGCUACGACUGCCAUAAGUUCUUCAAUCUGUGCGCGUGUGAUGAGACGGUGGUUUGCUGGGCUGCUGGCAGUAUCGUCACGUUUCUGGACGUCGAAACUAAGCAAACUUGGUUCCGGAGGAGCACUACAGGCGGAUCGAUUGGACAUAUUACUUGUUACAGAAAAGACCCCAACUACCGCCUAGCCAUAGCGGAGGGCAGGGAGGGCGACCGUGAGCCCCUGAUCCUGCUGUACUUCUGGCCGCAGAUGGAGAUCGAUGCCGUUCUACGUGAUGGAACCACUAAUGCAUAUUCUAUACUCGACUUUAGUCCCGACGGAGAACUCCUAGCAUCAGUAGGCAAGGAACCUGACUACAACCUCACGAUAUGGAACUGGAAGCGUCACAAAAUUCUGCUUCGCACGAGUGCGUUCACUUUCGACGUGAAUGCAGUCAUGUUCUCACCGUAUUGCCCGGGGCAACUAACCACUGCAGGUGCUGCACACAUAAAAUUUUGGAAAAUGGCUCGUACAUUUACCGGUCUAAAGUUAAAAGGAGAACUUGGAAGGUUCGGAAAAACUGAGAUUUGUGACGUACUGGGAGUUUAUCCUAUGCCUGAUGAGAAGGUACUCUCGGGCUGCGAGUGGGGCAACGUUCUGGUCUGGGAGGCUGGGCUCGUUAAAGUGGAAGUGACAAAACGUGGCCGAAAAACCUGUCACAAGGCACCAAUCAUUCAAUUCAUGCUAAGUCCAGCAGGUGAUGAAGUGACCACUAUAGCUCGCGACGGUUGCAUCCGAGUCUGGUAUUGGGAUACGGUGGAACAGGCAGACCCACCGGAAGACGACCCUUAUGUGGAACUCAACCCCGUAGCUGAAACAUGCGUACCUGGCUGCCAAAUAAUGUGUCUGAAACAGCAGAAAGAUUUCUACUGGUACGCUCAAGACGGCAACGGUGGUGUUUGGUGUGUAGACACAGAAAUCGACAAGAUAGAGUGCGCGCACCGAAAAGUAUACACCAGCCAUGCGGGAGGCGUCGUGGCUAUGGCGGCGCUCCGUGGUCAUCCUGUUCUAGUGACUGCCGGGGAAGAUGGUGCCCUACACGCGUACAGCACGGACACCCACACACUGCUAGCCAGAUACGUCUUUCUGAAGCCUAUCACCUGCAUGUUUUAUCCGCCCAUCGACGUGGACCCAACUUCCCGGAUAAUCAUGCUGGGUUUUGAAGACGGUAUUAUGCGCACACUGCUUCUGCACCCGGAGCGAUUGCAGGCCAUCACCAGCCAACUCAACAUUGAUGUGCAUUCCUCUCUCACCAUCCACAGUGACUCUUCGCUACACCCUGACGUCAUCGACUUGAUUUCGCUGCUAAAGCCGCACUCGAAAGCCAUAAACCAAAUAUCGAUAAACAACCAGCGGACGUUAUUGGUGACCUGCUCUAAGGAAGAGACGAUAUUCAUGUACAAACUCAAUCUGGGCACGCCGUUUACUUUAGAGAGAUUGGGACUCAUCAAGACACCAAACAAUAUUGUGUAUAUGACUUGGAAACCAGAAGAGGAAUACGUCCUACUGCUUUGCGGUCAAGUGGGAUUUAUUAUGGAAGCUGUGCUUCCACAAGUCGAAGUGCGAAAAUACACAGAUAUUACCACAUUCAAACUGGACUUUGCUUCCUAUAAGGAGAUUCUCGUGAAGAAACAGUAUAUGCGCCAUCGCCCUUUCCCCGAGGAAGAAGAUCUAGCCAGCAUCGACGAAGAGGCGCUAAAGGCUAAAGACGAAGGAAAAGACAAAGACGAAGAAGAGGAAGAGUGGAUUGGGGAAAUACAGCUAAUGGAAAGCGAAAGCAUGCUAGGAACCACAAUCACCUGGGCGGAAUACUGCGACGAAGGUAUAUGGGUGGUCCAGAAGGGGACCGGUUCCUUGUUGCUGGUGAAACCUGGUGUGAACAAGAUCCUGAAAUACGGCCCCAUACCCGGAGCAUGGUGUGAUGAUAUCACGGCGUUGCAGUUUGUGUGCGAACAUCGUUAUUUGAUCGUAGGAACAAAUACAGGCUACAUUCGAGUUCUGAGAAUGCCUACGGAGGAGGAAGAUUCAGAUGAGCAUCAUUAUAUAACUUGGUUCACCGCCAUGCAGAGGCUGCUAAAAGAACUUAAGGGUCGUCGUUUAGCCAAAGAGGAGCCACAACCCACGCCACGCAUCGACUUCAUCGAUAAUUACUAUCUGCCCAUGCACAAUCGGUACACCGGAGCCGUCACCUGUCUGGCGUUUAGUUCGGAUGGACAGCGUUUUUAUACUUGCGGUGCUGAUGGCAACAUUUUUUCCUACCUCAUCAACUUCUCGGAACCACUGAUGCCAACACCUGAACUGCCAGAUAUUCUGGAGAUGCCGAAAACCGAAAGAGUUAAGGAGCCCAGCACCGUGGACGGUGAAAUGAUGUCGCAUGAGGAGCUGAAGCAGAAAGAGGAAUACGACAAGAUGAUGUCGAUCGCCAACGCACACAAGAAACGAGUGCGGGACCAGCUGGCAGAACUCGCGUUUGAGUACAGCAAGCUCAUUAAGGCUAACAAGCUCCUACCAGUCUCUCAACAAAUCGACGUCACUCUAGACCCGAGGCCUCUAGUAGUGCAGGAGAAUGAACUUGAAACAGCGAAAGCCCUGACCAUUAGGAAACUGGCGCACCAACUGGAAGCUUCCGACCUGGCUUAUAAGAAGAUGCACUCACGGAACAUCAUACAGUUGGACGUCUUUCCCUUUAUUUUAAAGGCCAUCAGGGACCCUGAAGUCAUAAUAAGACCGCUGAGGCAGAAGAAUUUGUCAGCAGAAUUUCACGCGCAACUCGAAGAAGUCCAUAAACAGAUGGCCGAAGCUGCUUUGAGGGGGAGGCGAGCAGAAUCAGUAUCCCGCCGUCAGGCAACCCGCCGGCAGUCGAUGGCCAGGCCUAGAAUAGCCUCGUUCCUUCUUGGCUUGCCCCCGAAAUACCCGCAUCCUCUAAAGAAGGCGCUACGGAACUACCACCAGCGUUUGAACAGACAUCACGCCCAAUUUCUUGAAUGGCAAGCACAUCUUUCCCGUAAGCCCGACCCAAACGCUUUACCCCCCGGAGCAGAAGCUGCUCUGAAGGAGGCGGAGUCAACGAUCGGCAAUCGAGUGCUGAAGACUCAUCCCGACUAUGUGGCGCCCCCGGGACACAAUACCCAGUUGCGGGUGUGCCUGCUUAGAAAAGAGAUAUACGACACCAAGCACGCAUUCAACGAAAAAGUGGUAGAGCUGCGUAAUCACAAGCUCCAUCUCGUGAGUGUCAUGAAACAUAUCGGCGAGCGGCUUGCUGAAAUACGUCUCGAAAUACCAGCGAAAAUGGUGCGCCCUCCACCCCCCAUCCCCCAAAUUGACGAGGAACUGGAAUUCCCAGAGAAGAAUCUAGAGGUAAAACCGGAAGUAAAACUGCCCACAGGCAGAGAUAGUCGCAAGUCUAGAGCUGCAUCAAUAAAAGGGCCUUCUUUCACUUAUCCUCAACCUCGAAUCCGUCAGCCAAGAGUUGCCAGAUUCAUUCCUCUCUCCGAAUCGCGCCCUCUCGCAGCAUCUUGGGAGUUGUUGAAAACAAGACCAGAUAUGGAAUCCACUCCUAUGGAAGUUGAAAUAAGGGAAAGGCGUAUUGAAAGACAUCUCUACGAGCAAGACAUGCUGCUCGCAGACGCCGAGGCGGCGGUCCAGAAGUUCGAUGCACGACUAAGGCAGUUGCAGCGCGAAAGGAUCAGAGUCCAGGAAAAGAACCAACUACUGGAACUGACAUUAUGUCAGCUCCAUAGGGAGAUGAAUGUGCUCAACCGAUUUGAGGCACAUGAGGAUAGGCUGGCUGAGAGGGUAUACGUUAAACUGAUGCAGGUUCGUGCCGUUCAAGAAAUGAUAAAAGAUUGCGAACAACGCAUAGAAGAGCAUUUUGCUGAAAAAGAGAACCUAGAUGUUCUCUGCCAAGAGCUUCAGAGGCAGUUCAAGAAGCUGGUCCAAGAUAAUAAAUUCGCAGAUUUUCUGAGGAGAAUCUUCAAGAAGAAGUACCGACCGCCGCGGGACAGAGCCGACGACGAAUCCGAAUCGGAAUCCGAAUCCUCUUCUUCAAGUGAGGAAGAAGAAGAGGGCAGCUUGGACAGCCGCGACAUCGGACCCAUUCGACUGGACCCCAACGUGUGUCCCGAGGGCUGCGACCCCGAGAUCUACGACAAGACCUAUGAGCUGAGGACCACCAGACAUAGGCACGAACAAGAUAUGAUAGAGCAGGACCGCUUAGUGGAUGUUCUGCGAAAAGACAUCGACGCACACAACAAAGUGAAGAAGAAGCUAUCUGUGCAACUAGAUAAAAGGAAGAACGAACUUCGAGAAUUCAUGUUGGAAAAACAAAGCUGCAUGAACGACGUAGACCAGGUGGUGAUUCUCCGCUACGACCAGAUCCGGGCCGCGGCUCUUCGUAUGUGCUCGACUCCUGAGGGCCUCUCUAACACCGUCGUGUUCCCCGAAGCUACGCUUAUGCAGUUGAGGAACAGGGUCUUGGAGCUACAAGACGAGAUAAAACAGCAGAAGCAAAGACAGAAAGUGAACCGCACACAUCUAUUUCGCAUGAACAUCGAUAUGAAAGCCAUGGAGUCUCAAGCCGAAGCAAUGAGGGCCGAGAUGCGUGACGUACUCACACGCAAAUUGGGGAAACCGCGCAAAGUGGACAAGACGCUAGAUGAUCUGCUGCGCCAGAUGGCCAGAAGGCAUAAGUUCAGUGCUACGCUGGGAGUUAUAACCCAAGUUCUACAACAGCUAAGGAAUUGGAGGGACCGCCACAGUAACCUGGAGAAGACUUAUCUAACAGUGAUGAACGAGUACUCGGAGCGUCUCCGAAAAGCGGCUGCGCUACAGAGCAACGUUUUAUAUCAAAAGCCACUGCGGAGCGCCGGUCAUAUGGCCGGUGACUACGAGCCCGAGGUGUACCAGCGAGACGUGGUGCGCUUGCGCAUAGUGCGCUCGCAGCAGCUCGAACAGAUCCAGAUGCUCCGCGCCGAGAUCCAGUCCCUACGUCUAAAGCCGUUGUCUCCGCGCCCUCCGCUUCCGUCCGGGGACCCUCCGCCGGACAGACGUGAACAAAUCUUGCUGUUCAUGGCUCCCCGACCUCAGGCAGGCCCAAGGAAGAAGUAUUUCCCCAUAGAAAUAACGACCGCCUCAGACGCCCCCUAUGACGUGAACGUCAUGAAGCUGCUGUAUGACGCCCUUGACUCGUUGCACGCGUCCAGAGAUGAUGCCACCCAACUGAUGAAGGAUCUGACCGCCGAACUACCUGAUGUGCUCUCCGGAGCCAAAUCUCGCUACGAAGUAGUGGACAUGAUGGUGAAGAAAUGGCUCUCGAAACAUGGCGGCGACCCCAGCCACUACAAGAAGCAAGUCCGGGCCUACGACACCCUCGCCGCCUUAGCUGACAAACUGUUGCGACAACAUGUGGAGACGUUAGAAGGGAGUGGCGGGCACGAAGUAAUGGCCAAACUCGAAGGCGCCCUGAAAGACGUCUCGGACAAACGGAAGCCGUUGCGGCAACGCCUCGGCCCGGCACUGGCCGCUCUGUUUCACGCAUCUGAUAUCAUUGAUAUAGCUACUAAUGAAACCAUGGCGUCCCUCGUGAAAGCACUCACUGAAGGCGACCAACCGCUGACUGCAGCAUCCAUAGAACAGAUACAAAUACAUGAAGUGGUUGCGGAUAUCAAAGAUUGCGGCGUGCAAGACCCCGAGAAAGAUAUAGAAGGUGUGGUGGCGAUGGCCAGGGACUGUCUGAAGGCGCAACUUAUCUCCGAACACGAGGCAAAGUUGCUGGAAGAGGAAGUCGAAAAAGCGCUGAAAGAGUCCCGAGCUCCCAGCGCCACCAGCCAGCACGGCGACACCACGGACCGCUCUCACAGCACGUCCCGCACGCCGCACAGCGGGCCCGGCUCGGGCGACCGCUCCCCGCGCAGGCUCGCGGGCGACCGCGGCGGCUCCACCGCGGAGAGCGAACGCAGCGCGCACAGCCACGCGCCCGCGCCGAGCAGCAGCAGCAAGACUAGCAAGCGGUCCAAAAUGCCCAGCGGUGAAGCUUCUGAGGCUGAUGAUUCGGAUCACGGGCAAUUUUAGAGUUAGAUUAUGUUCGGAAGUCCGCAUGCCAAGUGCGUCUUCAAAAUAUGAUAUGAAAUGUAGUAUAAGGGACGUGUAGUUUUGCGUUAUCAUUAUCACUUUAAAAGCUAUUGCAGUUUUAAAGUGUGAUGGGAGGUCAUGGGAGUAUAGAUAAUGCGCUUAGAUGUCAUGUACUGGAAUUAUUGUAAUAUUGUAUUGUAUUGUUUCACAGAUAGUUUAUUUAAUUGUGUAGUUAACCAGUCACAUUUUCUUUUAAUCUGUGCUACUUACGUAUACAUACCUACUGUGUACUAUAUUUAAUUAAAAUGGUAUAUAUAA